GGGCUCAUGAGCCCUACAAGCCCCCCCCGGGGAGGAUCACCGCUAGACCAAGGAAGAGGAGGAAGAAGACUGAAGAGCAGAGAGCUUCAACGGGAUACACCUCUCAGAAUCCUACAAGCCCCAAUCUUCUGGGAAUCUAUCGGUGCUCUUAGAGCUACUGGAGCUCUCUCUCCUCACCAUAUUCCUAGGGUUCGUUCCCUUCCUCUGUGAUCCGCGCAUUGGCAGAGGGGGUCUGGUCCGGUGGACGGCCGAGAUUCCUCUCGAUUCAACGUUCUUGGCCUUGUUCAUCACACUGUGAAGCUCCAGGUUGAUUGGCUGAGAGGAUCGUCAAUCCUCUUUCGAAUUUCACACUACCCUUUACUGUCAUGAGAGUGAAAUCGAAGCCUGUCUCUUCACUGAACCAGCAGAGCUUCAGCUGCUCGUCCUCACCUCGCACCCGGAAAAAGCACAAGCGACUCGAUGCCAUUUGUGAGAACACGUAUAAGGAAAACCAUGGAGGGUCCAGCGAAGGGACGGCGAAGGGCGGGGAUGCAAUAGAUGAUUCGGAUCUGCGCAGGAGCAAGAGGGCCCGGCGUGCCCCAGUGAUUCUGGAUGCCUCGCCUCCGCCCCCGAGGAAGCGGAGGAUACUCAAUAAGAUUGGGAAGGCGAGCUCUGGCAAGAAGGGGGAGUUUUUGUCUCCGCGUGGUGAGGCUAAUGAAGAGGACAACUUGGUGGAUGUGGAGGAGACUCCUGAGAGUUGGAAGUCCAGAUUGAGAACGCGGGGUAGGAGGCGAGUCAGUUUCCGGAGAGAAGAGAAAGUUGACUCUCCUCGAAGGAAAAGAAGGCUCUUUAGGGAUGUGAAUGAGGAGGAGAAGGAAGAGCAGGUGGCUGAGAGACAUAUUCUAGACGAUGAAAAGGGUGAGAGCGAUGAGGAUACGGCAAAAUUGGAAGUCGGUAGUUCAUUGCCAUUAGAAAAGAAAACAGCAGGGAAGGUCAAAGCUGCAGCUUUCCCGGGAAUUGAAGAGAAUGUGGGCAAAUUGAAACUUAGACGCCCAAUGCGCGGAAAGCGGAAAAGGGUUGGGAAGGUUAAGGCAAUGUUUGCUUUAGAAGAUGGGGAAAAGAAGGGUGUGGCGGACUCAGCUGAAGAGGUCGACAGUCUAGGGAAUGAAGUUAGAGGUCAAGAAGAUAGCUCCAGGGGAGAUUUGCCUGCAGAAACAGACUUUUGCAUUGGAAAGGAGGACGGGAUUAUCAAUAUUAAGGAGACUGUGUUAGCUCAGGAAAUGGAGGAAAAGGAGGAAAUGGUGCUUGAUACUGCUUCUGCUGAGGUGGGGUCUAGCGAUGAUGGUGGGGCUGCAACUGAGCAUGCUGAAGAGAUUAUGGAAAGAGUGGAGGAUGGCACUGGUGGGCUUAGUGGAACUCAUGACAAACAAGGUGAUGACGAGCUAGAAGGAGAAUCUCAUGAUAGAGAGAAUGUUGACAUGACUGAGCUCAAUGAGGAGCCUGCCAAGCUCGAUGAGGAGCCUGUUGAAAGCAGACAGGGUAAGAAGGUUGAUGAGAAAAUUCAAAGUUCUGCUAAUACAAUGGGGUUGUCAAGCAUUAAAGGGGGCAGACGGUGUGGGCUAUGUGGGGGAGGCACCGAUGGUAAGCCUCCAAAGAAGUUAAUGAGUGAAACUGCAGACAGCGAGAAUGAGGCAUACAAUUGCUCAUCUCCUUCAGAAGAACCCAAUUACGACAUAUUGGAUGGUUUUGGCGAUGGGCCUGAUUGGCUUGGACGACUUUUAGGCCCUGUAAAUGAUCGUUAUGGUAUUGCUGGAAUCUGGGUUCACCAAAAUUGUGCUGUAUGGAGUCCAGAGGUAUACUUUGCUGGUCUGGGAUGCUUGAAAAAUGUGAGGGCUGCACUUUGCCGAGGAAGAGCAUUGAAGUGCACUCGCUGUGGCAGGCCUGGAGCUACAAUUGGAUGCCGUGUUGAUCGCUGUCCAAAAACUUACCACCUGCCCUGUGCUCGAGCAAAUGGUUGUAUCUUUGAUCAUCGGAAGUUCCUCAUAGCUUGCACAGAUCACCGUCAUUUUUUCCAACCUCAUGGAGUUAAGAAUUCCAACUGGUUGAAGAGAAUGAGAGCCAAGAAAGUGAAGUUGGAAUACCGGAAGUUGUCAAAUGAUGUCUCCCGGAAGGACAUCGAAGCCGAAGAAAAAUGGUUGGAGAACUGUGGGGAGGAUGAAGAGUUCUUAAAAAGAGAGAGCAGGAGACUUCAUCGAGACCUGUUAAGAAUCUCACCUGUUUACAUUGGGGGCGGCAGCACUGAUGAUGGUAAUAUGUUUGAAGGUUGGGAAUCUGUUGCUGGGCUUCAGGAUGUCAUCAGAUGCAUGAAAGAGGUUGUCAUUUUACCUCUCCUUUAUCCCGAGUUUUUUGAUAAUUUGGGUCUUACACCUCCGAGAGGAGUUCUUUUGCACGGUUAUCCUGGGACAGGUAAAACUCUAGUAGUCCGUGCAUUGAUUGGUGCAUGUGCUCGUGGUGAUAAAAGGAUCGCCUAUUUUGCUCGGAAAGGAGCAGACUGCUUAGGAAAGUAUGUUGGAGAUGCAGAGCGUCAGCUCAGGCUCUUAUUUCAGGUUGCUGAGAAAUGUCAACCAUCGAUAAUAUUCUUCGAUGAAAUAGAUGGGUUGGCACCUCGUAGAACAAAGCAGCAGGAUCAAACUCAUAGUUCAGUUGUGUCCACAUUGCUCACUUUGUUAGAUGGUCUAAAAUCUCGUGGUUCAGUUGUUGUGAUUGGUGCAACCAAUCGUCCCGAUGCUGUUGAUCCAGCACUAAGGCGCCCUGGGAGAUUUGAUAGAGAAAUUUAUUUCCCACUGCCAUCUUUGGAGGAUAGAGCUGAAAUUUUGUCACUUCAUACCAAGAAAUGGCCGAAACCAGUUUCAGGUUCCUUGCUCAAGUUUAUUGCCAGAAAAACUGCUGGUUUUGCUGGAGCUGAUCUACAGGCUCUUUGUACGCAGGCUGUUAUAAUUGCUCUGAAAAGAAACUUCCCUCUGCAAGAAAUUUUGUCCACUGCAGGAAAGAAUUCUUCAGGUGGUGAACGUGUUUCUCUUCCUUCAGUCAUGGUGGAGGAAAGAGAUUGGUUGGAGGCUCUAUCAUGUUCUUCACCCCCUUGUUCUCGCAGAGAAGCAGGAAUAGCUGCAAAUGAUAUAGUCUCUUCUCCCCUUCCAACCCACCUUUAUCCUUGCUUUUUGGAACCUCUUUCUCUGUUUCUUGUUUCCCUUCACCUGCAUGAAAAUCUCUGUUUGCCUCCUCCUCUUUCUAGAGCUGCAUCAAGGGUUAAAAGUGUCAUCUUCUCUGCAAUGGAGAAGAGGCAAUGGCCUGUUGACCGUUGGCGGACUCAUCUGCAUGAUUUCAUUCAGGAUUCAAAAUUUGUGAAGGAUAUUGAAAGAGGACUUUUAUCAACUGGUCUUUUGAAUGGGGAGUCUAGCUCUGUUGAGAAUGAUGCUUUUGGUCAUGAUUCCGAGUACAACUUUCUCCAAUCAGUACCCUCUCUAACUUUGAAUCGGGGAACUCGCUCCUUUACAUCACGAAAUACAUCUUUUGCAUUGAGAAGAAAUUCGGGAUAUCGGUUGUUAAUAUCUGGAAGCCCUGGAUCAGGUCAGAGGCAUCUUGCUUCUUGCCUACUUCACUGUUAUAUCGGGAAUGUUGAAGUCCAAAAGAUAGAUUUGGCUACAGUUUCACAAGAAGGGCAUGGAGAUGCUGUGCAAGGGAUAACUCAGAUCUUGAUGAAAUGUGCCAGUGCUGGUUCAAGUGUUGUAUUUAUGCCAAGAAUUGAUUUGUGGGCUGUAGAGACACAUUGUGAUGUCACCAAUGAAGAUGAUGUCACCAAUGAAGAAGGUAGAUCUAAAAAUAUGGAAAUGGAGACUGAUGUGCGAGAAAGUCACUCAGAAGAAAUGGCAGGAAACAAAGGUCUUGAGCAAAGUACAUCUCAGGCUUGGAACUCUUUCAUUGAGCAGGCGGAAUCAAUCUGUGUGAAUACAUCCCUCAUCGUUUUGGCUACCUCUGAGAUUGCUGUUGCAGAACUUCCUUAUCGAAUAAGGCAGUUUUUUAGAGGUGAUGUACAAAGAAGAUGUCAAUCCUCUCAUUCGGAGAAUGCGUUGCCAAGAUUCUCCAUAAAUCUUGGCGUUGAUAUUGAUUUUGAUAUGGUGAUAAAACGGUCUGUAGCAAAAUUGUCAAGUAAUAUGGUUGAGCAUUUCGUUCAGUUGGUUCAUCAAAAAACUCUCCUCCAUGCAACUUCCAAAUAUGGAAAUUCUGAUUGUUCCACAAAACACAUUCCAAAUGGUGGAUUAGCUGGUGAGGGAGAAUUGGAUCCUAUAGCACAGCGCUCUGAUGAUUCUUCAGUGAAAGCAUCUCAAAUUGCUAACAAAAGAAACUUGAAGGGGAAAUCGAGUUUGAUGUUAGCGAUAUCAGCAUUUGGGUAUCAAAUACUACGGUACCCUCAUUUUGCUGAGCUCUGUUGGGUUAGUUCAAAGCUAAAAGAAGGACCAGUUGCGGAUAUCAGGGGGCCAUGGAAGGGAUGGCCCUUCAACUCUUGCAUCAUUCGUCCUUAUGGUGCAACAGAGGAAACAGUCAUUGCUUCUAGCCCGGGGAACGUGAAAAGUGAAGAAAAGUAUGGUUUGGUUAGAGGCUUGGUGGCCAUUGGUUUAUCAGCCUACAGAGGCAUAUAUGAAUCAGCCAAAGAAGUCUCCUUCGAGAUACGGCAGGUUCUUGAGAUCUUAGUUGGACAGAUUAGUAUGAAAAUUCAAGCUGGGAAAGAUAUGUAUGACUAUUUUCGAAUCCUUUCACAGGUUUCAUAUCUAGAAGACUUGGUCAAUAGCUGGGCAUAUUCACUGCAGAGUCUAGAGUCGGAUGCCCAAGUGACCAUUUCAAAGGCAACGCCCACACUUACUACUGUCUCUGCACCUAACCAAAACACAAACCAUGAUAUGCUUCAAACUGAAGAACUGGAGCCACAUGUUUCUGGCAAGGUCGCUUCAGAGGAAGAGGUGGUGAAAGGAAAUGGUCCAGGAGCUGGAGUUGAGAAUCUUGACAUUCCCGACUUAAACAAAGAAAAUGGCGAUUGUGUGCGAUCUGGUUCUUUAGAGAGGCUUGGAACUUUAGAUGGUGGCCAUCAGAUUUUGGGAAAUUCUGCUGUUGCUGAACAUCCGCUCAGUCCUGUUGCUGCUGGUAAGUUGGUCGGUGAUAAUGGAAAAGAUGCACCUUGCCCUGAUGCCGAGCCUUCUGGUGCUUAUCCUGCAAAGGCACUAGAUACUAUGGGGAUCCUUCCAAAGGAUGGUCCUUGCACUUCAGGUUCAUUGAAAGAGAUGGAAAUAAUUUCUACUAGUUGUGCAGCCAGCUCUAACAAAGAUGAUAUAGUGGGGAACAAUCCCAGUAGUGCCACUGACUCUGGAGACAAAUGUUUCUACCGCUGCUGCUCGGAAUGCCUUUCUUCUCUCCACGAUUUGAUGCGGAAGCUCCUUCUUGGGAAAUGGGGUUUGAACAGGAACGAAUGGACAGUUGAAGAUAUUCACGAUGCUGUUGCUUCUUUAUCUGUGGAUCUCUUUUCAGAACUGAGGAAGGGCUGUUUCAUCAGUAAUAGCAGCAACUUGUUUGGUGAAACCGACGAUGGGUCUCUUGACUCGAAAGGGUGCAGUUGCAGUAGUUUGGCAUCUAAUCCAAAUUUUCCAGUGGAGUGUACAUGUCACUCUGUUGAUGGACACAGGGAUGCAGAAGGAAGCGGCUCCAGGGAAGGCCAAUGUGGUUUGAAUGUUGAAUUCAUUGUCAGAAACGGCGUCCUGGAGCCCGGGGAUACUGGCAAGGAUGUCGAUUUUCAGUGCAAGUUUGAGCGCCUGUGCUUGUGUUCUCUCACAAAGUUGGCAGUAUUUACCAAGCCGAAGAACUCGGACACACUUUAAGUAGUCAAAAUAUCGUUCAGAGUUUCGGAACAUUUUUGUCCAUGUAAAUAUCAUAUUAAAGCUGUUCCUUUGUCGACGCUAUCAGAAUUGUAAAUAUGCUGUCAGUUGUUUGUUCUUAA